AUGAAUUAAUAGGUUUAAACGAAGGCUGCUUCACAAUUAUAAUUUAUUGUUCCAUAAAAGGCUUAAUUAAUUUUCGAUGUGAAUCAAGCAUACUAGGCUUAUUCUUUACCAAAAAUUUAAUAUCGUUAAUAAUUACCCGAAUUACCAGAUAUUCCAUCAAAAUCAAUAAAGUAAUUUGAUGAAAAAUAAGAGCAAACAAAAAUAAAGAAUGACAAUUAAAUUUUUAAGGAAUGGAAUGUCAAUUACUAAGAGGAUAUAUUGUAAAUUACAUUUAAUAAUUUAGAAAGAGAUUAGCAAAUAAUAAAUAACUGAAAGCCCAAUAAAAUACAGAUUUAUUAGACAAUUUACGAUCUAUUUCAAAAUAGCCACCUAAAAAGAAAACCCGUAUGCAUAAAACUAAAUUUAAAAUUGUUAAAAACGAAAAAAAUCAUCCAAUAGUCGAAUAAACAAUGUGCUAAUAUAUUUCUUAAAAGUGAUAUUUUCUCAUUAUUAUUAGUAUUUAAACAUAAGUUCCAGGAAGUGCAAACAAUCAAGAUUAUGAUGCUAGUGCUCCUUUCUUUAUUCCAACACUAGAAUUUGCAGAAUAAUUGAACGAAGAAAAAUAAACAUUUAAAAAAGUAAUUAAUUAAAAUUAUGAAAAGAAAUAUGGAUUUGAUGAUGUAACUUUAAGAAAAAAUAAAUUAAUAUUGGAAGAAGUUAUUUUAUUAAGAUUAUAGAAGAAAGAAAAAAUAAGACAGAAAAAUUAGAUCAUAAGUUAAGUUAAAAAAGAUAAUGAUAUCGAUUAAUAACUAAAGAAUAAAAUUAAUAUAUAAUAUUGA